AUGACUGCCACAGAAUUUCCUCGUAUCAAGAAAAUAACUACUUAUCUUACAGAAGGAAAGGGAAUAGGUGGUGAUUACCAUAAUGUUGAAAAAGGACACUGGCUGGUGGACAACUACAUUGCCAAUCCAAUGUCCAAGUUCCCUGAAUAUAAAGCUUCUCGUACAAGCUGGGGAAUCAACGUUCUUGGCUCGUUUUGCGUGGAAAUUGAAUCCACUGACGGUUCCAAAGGAUUUGCAACUGGAUUUGGAGGACCAAUUGCAUGUUGGUUAGUCCACAAUCAUUUUGAAAGAUUUAUUAUCGGAGAAGAUCCCAGAAACUACAACUUGAUCUGGGAUAAACUAUUUAGAGCCUCCAUGUUUUACGGCAGAAAGGGUAUCACCUUGGCUGUCAUUUCCGUUGUUGACCUUGCUAUUUGGGAUCUUCUGGGUAAGAUCAGAAACGAGCCGGUCUACAAGAUGAUUGGUGGUGCAACCCGUGACAGAAUUGAUUUUUACUGUACCGGAUGCAACCCAAAAGCGGCAAAGGAGAUGGGAUUCUGGGGAGGAAAAGUCGCACUGCCAUUCGGACCUGAUGAUGGAUUUCCAGGACUCAGAAAGAAUGUGGAGUUUCUAAGAAAUCAUCGUAAGGCAGUGGGACCAGAUUUCCCGCUUAUGGUUGAUUGUUACAUGUCGUUGAAUGUUUCCUAUGUUAUAGAUCUUGUCAAAGCUACUCAAGACUUAAAUAUCAACUGGUGGGAAGAGACUCUUCAUCCUGAUGACUUUGAUGGAUACGCAUUGCUCAAGCGUGCCUUCCCAACAAUUAAAUUCACAACCGGAGAACACGAAUAUUCCAAGUAUGGAUUUAGAAAAUUGAUUGAGGGAAGAAAUUUGGAUAUUUUGCAGCCAGAUGUCAUGUGGGUUGGAGGAAUGACCGAGCUUUUGAAGAUUGCUGCACAAGCUGCUGCUUAUGACAUUCCAGUUGUGCCACAUGCUUCCGGUUCCUACUCAUACCAUUUUGUUGCUUCCCAAUCGAACACACCUUUCCAGGAGUACUUAGCCAACUCUCCAGAUUCCUCUUCUGUGCUACCGGUCUUUGGAUCUUUAUUCAUAGAUGAAACUGUUCCAACUAAAGGAUACUUGAACAUCUCUCAGCUUGAUAAACCCGGAUUCGGGCUCACCGUGAAUCCUAAGGUGAAGCUUAUUGAUGCUCGUUACAUCCUUUCGCCAUCUCCUGAACGUCCAUUGAAGAUCGAAUCUGUGGAGGAAAAAUAA